UUUUUUUCCCCAGUUUGGACUGAACUGUUGUAGAAGGACGUGUUUUGUUUUGUUUUUUCCUCAGCACUGACCGCCUCCGUGCAUUUUACAGUUGAACCUCUGCCUCUAGUCUCUUGCUGGACUGUGUAUCCUGCAGCAGGCCUGUUGCUGUUUGCAUUGCAGACACCUCAGGUUGCCAAAUGAACUGUUUAGCCUGAGGACCAAAGAUCACGGGCCCCGAUCCAACAGCGAGGACAGAGAGAGGAGCUUGAUCAUUCUGCAUUUCCAACUUCUCAUUACAACAUGAGCUGGGACUGAACGUGUGCGCCAAAGUUUCAUCUUUUUGGUGUGAAGGAAACAAAGUCACGAUCACCAUGGAUGUGAAGAAAAAAGAAAUGGACCUGCUGAGCAACAGCAUAGCAGCUUACGCACACAUUAAAGCAAACCCAGAGAGCUUCGGCCUUUACUUUGUGCUCGGAGUGUGUUUCGGCCUGGUGCUGACCCUCUGCCUCCUGGUCAUCCGCAUCUCCUGCAAGCCACGCACCAAAAUCGCCUCCUCCUCCUCCUCCUCCUCCACGCCAGAGAAAAAACAAUUAAAAGGCAUCAGCGGGGAGGAUGAGGAGGAGGAGAGUGAGGAUGAAGAUGACGAGGAAGGGGACGACGUCGAGGCACAGGUCCCUUUGCCCAGCACGGAAAUCCCUGUGGGUAACCAUCACAGCCAGUCGGACGGGACGCUGAGCGUGAACGUGUUUACUUCGGCCGAAGAGCUGGAGCGGGCGCAGCGGCUGGAGGAGAGGGAACGCAUCAUACGGGAGAUCUGGAGGAACGGCCAACCUGACAUCUUGGGUUCGGGGACAGGGACGAUUGGACGAGUGCAUUACUACUAAAAGGGCUGACAAGCUGCAAACUCUGUGAAGGAGUGGCACAGACCUUUGAGUGGGCCGAGGGUCCCUGAAGCCUGCACGACCGGAGAACUGGUGUCAAGAUACAAAACGAUGACACACAUCUGGAAACAGGAUAUACAGCGAUGUGCCACAUUUUGAUACACUUGGCUCGGACAGAGCUGAACUUUGAGAUAUUGCACUUCUUAUUAAGCAAAGUUAUUUUUAACAGACAACAUGAACUUAAACCAAGAGAUGUCUUAAUAACUGAUUAGACCACAAGGAAAAGAGGCCGAAUGAAUGUGGGACGCUUGAAGUAUUAAAAUGUUUGGCGCUUAAGCACAGAGAUGCACACAACUAGGUUUAUGUAGGCUAAGUGAAAAAUAAGGAAAAUAAAUGUACUGUAUGUUGCAAUGAAGAUUAUUUGUUCGCAGUGUAAAGGAAAAUAAAAUGUCAUCGUUUGAACAAGCACAUAUCGAUCAAUUGUGGGGGUCAGAUUAUGAGUUAAAAGCAAUUAAAAUUAGAGUCUUUAAUUUAUAAAUACACUUCAUCUACGUCUAUGUUUUCAGGGGUACUUCCACCACAGGAAAUGACAGAUUUAAAGUAUUAAGCUGGAACAAUUUACUGUUGUUUCUCUUCAUAAUGUCAGACAAAUAUACACCAGAGCUCUUCCGCUCCGUACCUUUGGGCCAUGGACUUAUAAUCAAGUUUUGAAAAAAAGGCCAAAAGUC